ACAAAGUUCGCGAAUCGAGGGCGCGAGUCAAGCUGAUAGGGAGAUCAUAUAAAAGGUGCCCUCGUCUGAUAUUUUAGGUUAUUGCCGAGGCAGAAAUACAAUCAACAUGAAGUUCUACGCGAUUUUCUUCGCCAUCUUCGCCUUUAUGGCCGUCUUUGUUACUGCUGAUGAAAACUGCGAUACCAAGUGCAAGUGCACUCGCGAGAUUGCUCAAGUGUUCUGCGCUAAGGACAGUAACUCGCAGAACAAGCUGCCCUUCAACAAUCAGUGCGUGAUGAACUGCCACAACUGCCAGAGGGGAACCCAUUUCACUUUCCUGCAUGAAGGCGGCUGCCACUAAUUCAAAUAUUUCUCCAGAAGAACGGCAAGAAUACAAAAGUGAUACAAAAUGUGAUGUAGAUAAAUGUUAAAAUGAUUAAAAAAAGAAUUAAUUUUACAAA